AUGGCUAUGUCUUUGCCACCAACCCUGGGACUCAGUUCUGCCCCAGAUGAAAUUCAGCAUCCACAUAUUAAAUUUUCAGAAUGGAAAUUUAAGCUAUUCAGGGUGCGAUCUUUUGAAAAGACCACUGAAGAAGAUCAAAAGGAGAAGGAUUCCUCUGAGGGGAAGCCCUCUCUUGAGCAAUCUCCAGCAGUCCUCGACAAAGCAAGCGGUCAGAAGCCAGAAGUGGCUCCACCAGCAUUCAAGGUGCACCCUAAGUUUUCAAAGAAAUUCCAUGAUAAUGGGAAAGCGAGAGACAAAGCAAUCCACCAAGCCAACCUUCGACAUCUUUGCCGCAUCUGUGGGAAUUCUUUUAAAACUGAUGAACACAACAGGAGGUACCCUGUCCAUGGGCCUGUGGACAGUAAAACCCAAGGCCUUUUACGAAAGAAGGAGAAGAAAGCCACUUCCUGGCCAGACCUCAUUGCCAAGGUUUUCCGGAUUGAUGUGAAGACAGAUAUUGACUCGGUCCACCCCACUGAGUUCUGCCAUAACUGCUGGUGUAUCAUGCACAGGAAGUUUAGCGGUGCUCCGUGUGAGGUCUACUUCCCAAGGAACGCAACCAUGGAGUGGCACCCCCAUGCACCAUCCUGUGACAUCUGCUACACUGCCCGUCGGGGUCUCAAGAGGAGGAACCAUCAGCCAAAUGUGCAGCUUAGCAAAAAACUCAAAACUGUGCUUGACCAAGCGAGACAAGCCCAUCAGCGCAAGAGAAGGGCUCAGGCAAGGAUCACCAGCAAGGAGGUCAUGAAGAAGAUUGCCAACUGCAGUAAGAUACAUCUUAGUACCAAGCUCCUUGCAGUGGACUUCCCGGUGCACUUUGUGAAAUCUAUCUCCUGCCAGAUUUGUGAGCACAUUCUGGCUGAUCCUGUGGAGACCAGCUGUAAGCAUGUGUUUUGUAGGAUCUGCAUUCUGAGGUGCCUCAAAGUCAUGGGCAGCUAUUGCCCUUCUUGUCAAUAUCCAUGCUUCCCUACUGACCUGGAGAGUCCAGUGAAAUCCUUUCUGUGUAUCUUGAACUCCUUGAUAGUGAAAUGUUCAGCACCAGAGUGCAAUGAGGAGGUCAGCUUGGAAAAAUACAAUCACCACGUUUCAACUCACAAAGAAUCAAAAGAUACGUUUGUGCAUAUUAAUAAAGGGGGCCGGCCCCGUCAGCAUCUCCUAUCGCUGACCCGGAGAGCUCAGAAGCACCGGCUGAGGGAGCUGAAGUUACAAGUCAAGGCUUUUGCUGACAAAGAAGAAGGUGGAGAUGUGAAGUCUGUGUGCCUGACCUUGUUCCUUCUGGCCCUGCGGGCAAGGAAUGAGCACAGACAAGCUGAUGAGCUGGAGGCCAUCAUGCAGGGUCGGGGAUCUGGCCUGCAGCCAGCUGUUUGCUUGGCCAUCCGUGUCAACACCUUCCUCAGCUGCAGUCAGUACCACAAGAUGUACAGGACUGUGAAAGCCAUCACAGGGAGGCAGAUUUUUCAGCCCUUGCAUGCCCUUCGGAAUGCUGAGAAAGUCCUUCUGCCAGGCUACCACCCCUUUGAGUGGCAGCCGCCUCUGAAGAAUGUGUCUUCCAGCACUGAUGUUGGCAUUAUCGAUGGACUGUCAGGACUCUCCUCCUCUGUGGACGACUACCCGGUGGACACUAUUGCAAAGAGGUUCCGCUAUGAUUCGGCAUUGGUGUCGGCUUUGAUGGACAUGGAAGAAGACAUCUUGGAAGGCAUGAGGUCCCAAGACCUUGAUGACUACUUGAAUGGCCCAUUCACCGUGGUGGUGAAGGAGUCUUGUGAUGGAAUGGGAGACGUGAGUGAGAAGCAUGGGAGUGGGCCAGCAGUUCCAGAGAAGGCAGUUCGCUUUUCAUUCACAGUCAUGAAAAUCACCAUAGCACACGGCUCACAGAAUGUGAAAGUGUUUGAGGAAGCCAAACCUAACUCUGAACUGUGCUGCAAGCCUUUGUGCCUUAUGCUGGCAGAUGAGUCUGACCAUGAGACCCUGACUGCCAUCCUGAGCCCUCUGAUUGCUGAGAGGGAGGCCAUGAAGAGCAGUGAAUUAAUGCUUGAGAUGGGAGGCAUUCUCAGGACUUUCAAGUUCAUCUUUAGGGGCACUGGAUAUGAUGAAAAACUUGUCCGGGAAGUGGAAGGCCUUGAGGCUUCUGGCUCAGUCUAUAUUUGUACUCUUUGCGAUGCUACCCGCUUGGAAGCCUCUCAAAAUCUUGUCUUCCACUCCAUAACCAGAAGCCAUGCUGAGAAUCUGGAACGCUAUGAGGUCUGGCGUUCCAACCCCUACCACGAGUCUGUGGAAGAACUGCGGGAUCGGGUGAAAGGGGUCUCAGCCAAGCCUUUCAUUGAGACAGUCCCUUCCAUCGAUGCGCUCCACUGUGACAUUGGCAAUGCAGCUGAGUUCUACAAGAUUUUCCAGCUAGAGAUAGGGGAGGUGUAUAAGAAUCCCAGUGCUUCCAAGGAGGAAAGGAAAAGAUGGCAGGCCACACUGGACAAGCAUCUUAGGAAGAAGAUGAACCUGAAACCAAUCAUGAGGAUGAAUGGCAACUUUGCCAGGAAGCUCAUGACCAUGGAGACCGUGGAGGCAGUUUGUGAGUUAAUUCCUUCCAGGGAGAGGCAUGAAGCUCUCAGGGAGCUGAUGGAACUUUACCUGAAGAUGAAACCCGUAUGGCGCUCAUCAUGUCCAGCUAAAGAGUGCCCAGAAUCCCUCUGCCAGUACAGUUUCAAUUCACAGCGUUUCGCUGAGCUUCUCUCUACCAAGUUCAAGUAUAGAUAUGAGGGCAAAAUCACCAAUUAUUUUCACAAAACCCUGGCGCACGUGCCUGAAAUUAUUGAGCGGGAUGGCUCUAUUGGGGCAUGGGCAAGUGAGGGAAAUGAGUCAGGCAACAAACUGUUCCGGCGCUUCCGGAAAAUGAAUGCCAGGCAGUCCAAGUGCUAUGAAAUGGAAGAUGUACUAAAACACCAUUGGCUGUACACCUCCAAAUACCUCCAGAAGUUUAUGAAUGCUCACAAUGCAGUUAAAAACUCUGGGUUUACCAUGAACUCACAAGCGAGCUUAGAAGACCCAUUGGGCAUAGAGGACUCUCUGGAGAGCCAAUAUUCAAUGGAAUUUUAA